CACAGGCAAAGAAUAGAAGGGAGAUAUUCGCAUACCUAUCAAAUAAUUUUCAGUUGAGGUAUUCACUUGUUAUCUCACGUCGCCAAAAGAUACCUCUUCAUACAACAUGAGAACGCUCCUCCUCCUGGCGUUUCUAACAACAGCUAUAUCAGUUCAAGAAACAUUAUCAAAAUGUUCCAGUCAACUUGCUGCUACAGAAUGCACAGCAACAGAAUACCAACAUUACGUCGACUGUGUUCGAAAUCGCAUGAAAAGGAGCGCUGAUUGCUAUGACGACGACGAAGAAGAUUGUUCUUCAGGUCAAUGUGGGAACUCUUGCGAUAGUUGCAACUGCGAUGAAUGUACAGCGAGAGAUUGUGGCAAUUCCUGCAACAAAAGAUGCUGCAGUUCCUGUUGUGAGUUCAGGCAAUGUUCAACAAACCACUGCUGUCACAGACUCUGUCACACUUCUUGUUCGACCUCUUCGUGUAGAAGCUCAUGUAGAAGAUCAUGUUACAAAUCAGUAAGGGAAGAAAAAGAAAGAGAUAUUGUUAUCCCAGGAAGUCAAAAGUCGUUAUCCAAUUCAUCAAAUGUAGUGACUAAUAGGGGUGCCCAUAACAUAACGACAGUCAUCCAUCUGCACAACCUCAUCAACAACACGAAUCUUAUCGAUGUACCUAUAAACUUGAAUAAUUCCAAUGUGAAUAACAUCACUGUUGAGAGUGCACAAAAUGGUUCAUCCACCUUUGGAGCCAACAGUAACUCCCCCUGUUGCAACGUUGUUGAACCACGACAAUGUGUACCUACAGCGACGUAUCCUUUCAUCAAUUGUUUCCAUUUAAGAAGACAGCAAUGCGGCCAGUUUUGCAGGAGUCCAGUCGUUCACAAAGUAGCUCAAAAUGUUUGCUACAACUCUGCCAACAGUACACCUAUUUGUGGUCAACAAGUGAUAUAUGUUCCACAACCCCAAUCAUCUUGCAGCUACCAGAAUCAAUGGCCUUUCAUCACAUGCAACAAUCAAAUUGGAGGUUGUAAUGGUUGCUAUGACUACCUACUCAAUCCUUUUAAAACGCAGAGAUCAUGUGGACCAUCUUGCUACAACUAUGGGAUGAACCAGGGAAUGAUGUACCGACAAGGACCUGUUUUUGGACCAGGGUAUUCACUACCACCUCCAGUCAUGAAUCCAAUGAUGCCAUCUGGUUGUAAUAGUUACACUGGAUGUGGUUUAAAUAACAUGGCUAAUUAUAUAAAUCCAGGAAUGUACUAUGGAAUGAAUAAUUAUAAUAACUACGGAAUUUAUGGAAGCUUCGCACCACAAGGAAUUCCAGCUUAUGGUCAAGAUUUGGGGAUGCAAUUACAGGGAUAUGGAGGUAAUAUGAUGGAAUCAUUAGGUGGAGCUAAUUUAGGAAAUAUUCCUCUUCCACUUGAACAAUUCGUACCUAUGAAUUUCACGUCUACAAAUUCCACAAACAUACUAUAUGGAUUACUUACCAACCAGACAUCACCACUAAAUCAAUUAAGUGGUAUUCCUGAUAAUAUGUUUGGUCAAGCAAUAACUAUAGAUGAAGAAACCUUCAAAAAACUUUUGGGGGGACAGGAAGUCGUCAAAGAGACAAAAAUCAGCGAAGUGGAAGUGGAAGCAGAAGCUAAUCCUAACAAAGAAGAUGAGGUUAUAAUGACUCCUAACAAUGAAGAUGAGGUUGUAAUGACUACAACGUCGUCUUAUUCAUGAGUUAAAAAUAUUUAAAUUUAAGUUUACAUUAUCAUUAAUUAUGAUUUAUGUUUUACAGUAACAGUUUGAUCUGUGAAAAAUUUUCAAGAAAAAAAUACAUAUUUGAUAUUUUCUUAAUUUGGAUCUUUUAGAAAUGUUGCAAAUAUUCCAUUCGAAUUCCGUUGAAUCAUUCGACUUUUAUCAGUCAGAAUUAACAGUAUACUAAUAUGUCUAUGUGUAAAAAUAAUAACAUUUUUCAAUAUUUUAUUUAAAUAAAAACUAAAAACUA